CAUCGAGGUCUCUCUCCAAUAUCAUGGUGGUGGUUGAAAGUCGUCACUUCACAAAUUAUUGCAAUUUCAUAGCAAUGAGGAGGUAGAAGUACUUCAUAUCUUUUUAUAAACUGCGGAAGUUCCACUUACACGAUACAAAAACCAAGGCCUGUGCAGUUCAUGUGUGCAUUUUUACGAGUACAGUGAACAUUUUUAGCUGGAGUAGCAAGCAGCAAUCACAUUCAUAGUACAAUGGUGUUUAAAUUGACACAUGGACACUCCGAGAGAAUUAGGCAGUGCGUGGCCUCGACUUGUCCCGGGGCAGAGGACCGCUUGGCCCCACGGAGUACUCGGACAGUCCACGCUGUGUCUCACCGGUGGAGGGUCGCCUUGCUUCUUGGAGUUUGGUGGUGUGUUUUGGGACUGACAAGAGCGUUUAACUUGGACAUAGAUAGUCCUGUUCAAUAUCAGGGACCACCGGGGAGCUAUUUUGGAUAUUCAGUAGUGCUGCACGAAAAUUUCCAGGGAAAAUGGGUAUUGGCUGGUGCUCCAACGGACUCUUCCAGUUAUCAGCCCACCUUAACGAGACCGGGGGCGUUGUACAGGUGCGGCGUAUUCCCACAGCCCCAGACAUGUCGACAAAUCAUGAUAGAUAAUCAAGGCAAUGAAAAGAGUGUCACGGGUACGAGGCCACGAUUUUUCGACGCCAAAGACAACCAGUGGCUCGGCGUAUCUCUUGCGAGACAAAACACAGGACGGUCCGGUCGAGUUGUCACAUGCGCUCAUCGCUGGGCCAAUGCGUACUUUGCGGAAAGUCACCAAGUCAUUAUGCCCAACGGUGCGUGCUUUACCCUGGCAAACGACUUUGAGGUGUUAAACAAGAGCAUUCCGUGCAUCCACGAGGUUCAAAUUAAGUCUGACGCCAACGGGAGGGGAGUGGCCUGGCAUGGGUGGUGCCAGGCGGGCUUCAGUGUGGACUACACUGAAGAUGGCCAGACGUUGCUCGUUGGUGCAGUUGGUUCCCUCGCUUGGAGAGGGAGUGUUGUGUCAAUAGACAGCCUUAACACAAUGAAAAUGUCUGACGUUACUACAUGGUAUCCUACUGGUGAAGAGGAUGAGAGCUAUAUAGGUUAUUCAGUCUCCUCGGGUCAUUUCAUCUCAAGGAUCACGACGCAGGGCGUGACGGGGGCACCCCGGGCAUACCAGCGGGGAAGAGUCUAUAUUUACGACCUGACAGACUUCACCCUGCUCACCCAACUCAAUGGAGAAUCGAUGGGAACUUACUUUGGUGCAGCAGUCAAAGGUGUUGAUCUCAAUCACGAUGGACUCACAGAUUUACUAGUAGGAGCACCCCUCUUCUCUGAUGUGGAAGACGAAGGAAGAGUGUACAUUUAUAUAAAUGAUGGCAAUGGCAUAAUGCGGAAGUUGCCAGAAAUGCUGACGGGGUCGAACACUGUGAAUGCAAGAUUCGGAUCGGUCAUCGUAGACGCUGGCGAUCUCAACAUGGACCGAUACAAUGAUAUUGCUGUCGGUGCACCUUAUGAAGAUGGACUGGCUGGUGCUGUGUACAUCUACCAUGGAUCAAUGACAGGACUUAAGACAACACCUGCUCAGAGGAUCUCCGGGAAGUCCUUCAGCGUUCCUCUAGUUUCCUUCGGCAGUUCCAUAUCAGGGGGAAUGGACAUGGACGGUAACGGCUACCCGGAUUUGGUAGUAGGAGCUCAUCAGAGCAACAAGGCAUUACUGUUUCUGAGUAAGCCUGUAAUCCGUAUGCUGGCAUCGAUCGUGGUGCACAGCACACCGAUUGACCUGAACCGCACGGAGUGCCUGCACCAAGGUAAACUGGUACCCUGCGUCAGAGUGGAAGCCUGCUUCAUAUACAAUGGCGAGGCGCUCCCACAGAGUAUAGCCAUCAACUACACACUUGAGGUUGAUUACUUCAAGGCGCAGACUGGACUACCUGGACGUCUCACGUUGGUCGAAAAUGGAAUCCGUAGAGGUGGAAGAAUUGAAAGAACGGCUUCUCUGAACGUUGGAAUACUUUCCUGCCAGGAGUACGAGGCACACAUCUAUCCCAACAUGAAAGACUUCCUAAGCCCUCUCCCGUUCAGAAUGAACUUUGACAUCAGAACGACGGAGAACUCCGUCGGUCCUCCGCUCACGUCGUGCACCGGGUUCUGUCCCGUACUGGACAUGUAUUCACCCAAUACUAUUGUAGAACAGGUUGGAUUUAUUUACAACUGUGGUGAGGACUCGAUCUGUGAGACGGACCUGCAGUUAAAAGGAAGGAUAGAUCUGGCAAGAGGGACUCCGUACAUUGCCUACGGUAAUGAAGAGAACUUAUACAUUCACAUCGAUCUGACUAAUCACGGAGAGGAAGCCCAUUUGACCCAGGUCAUCGUUACGCAUCCCAUGGACAUCACAUUCGUCAGAGUUGAAAGUGACCAGAGGAGCGGUGGUGUGGUAGUGUGUCGACCAGAAAAGGGUCUAAACAGAACCUCGACAGUGCUUUGCGACGUCGACAACCCCAUGAAGGCAUUCAGAAAGAGAUCUUUUAUGGUCAAGCUCUUCAUUCCCUCCUUGACCCUCGAGAUCCAGACGGUGGAGAUCGAGGUCCAUGCCAAGACGUCUAGUAGUGAGGCUAACAGUACGUUAGCGGAUAACACUCUUGUGAUGAACCUACCGGUGAAGAUCGAGGGUGACGUUACGAUAUCAGGGGUUACUCAUCCAGAGCAAGUGGUCUUCGGUGAGACCAAAAGCAAAAAAAAGGUUGACGGGGGGAGUACGUCGUAUGAAGCCGGGACAGAUGGUAUCCCUUUAAUACCUGUUAGAGAGAAUCUCACAUCGGAGGCAGACAGACAAGAAUCCAUCGGCCCCAAGUUCAGGCAUGUUUAUGAUGCACGUAAUUUAGGACCUAGCACAAUCCCCUUCCUGACAACGGUGAACAUCAGUCUUCCUUGGAAGACGCUUGAUGGUGAUUGGUUGCUUUACUUUACGCAUAUAGAGUUACAAGGCACAGGGAGAUGCGAGUACAAUCACAUCCUACAGCACCAACACAAGGAGCUGCCUGAGUACAGAGCCAAUACCACCAGCCAGGAAAACAGUGCCCCUGCUUUCUACACAUCUGGAGAGUCAGCCACGUACAACUGCAACAAUGCCCUGUGUGCGACCAUCUACUGCAUCAUUGACAAUCUACGGAUGGGCGAAGGCGCUGUGGUGCAGAUCCAGGCACGCUUUUUUGAAAAGACACUGGCUGAUUUAGGAUACAGCACUAUAAGACUUCAAGGUCGCGCGAUGGUGAAAGUGGAGAACCACGGUAAUGUUCAUGUUCAACCCAGAAAUGGUCGCCCGGACUCCAUUGUGGUGGAAACCGUGGCGUACACGGAGUCCUCAAUCACUUCAAAGACAGUUCCAACGUGGGUGAUUGCAGUCAGCACGGUUGCGGGAAUCUUCUUUUUAAUAGUGGUGGUCCUAUUAUUGUGGAAGUGCGGUUUCUUCAGGAGGCCGAUGCGAGAAGAAAUGCAGAAACUGAUCAGCGAUAACGACGAGACGGAAUCGUUGAACCACGAGGUAGACGGAGGAAACUACAAAGAGCCAUUCGCAGACGAUGAGGACUGACCCGACCUUCCUAGAGGUCACAGAUGGGUCAUGACCCCCAUGACCUCCACAGGGGUGUCGUGACCAAUGAACUUUUAUCAGCAUAUGACUGUGAUGACACAACUUUACUAGUGCUGGUGCAUUAUCGUUUUUUUGUUCUACGAUGCAAGGGUUUUAUACAAGGCUCACAACGGUUGCAGCCCAAAUGUGGCCUACUUAAAGAUUUUAUUGUGACGACUCAACAUCCGUGAUGUCAGCAUUGAGAACUAUGUUUUUAUGUUGUGGCUGAGCUUGUUGGACUGAUGGUGGUGCUGGAGUCAUCCUGAAAGAAGAAAGUGGUGAGCGGAAACACGGAAUCCACACAACUGCCAUACUUACAGAAACCGUCAGCAAGCUGCUUUUGCUUACAGUAAGCGUCAAUGAAAAUUCUGCUCAGGGAGACUCCCAAAGCAGAAUUUAGGGCCCAAUUUCAAAAGCAUGAAAGCAUAAAAACUUGCACAGAAAUAUGUUGCUCAGAAGAAAUAAUUUAACAGCCAAAAUACCAUACAGUUCACAUUGCUGUGACUAAUACCACCCUAAAAUCUUGCCUAUCAAAGGUAUUUUCCAAGGAAAAUUACCCGCCUUGCUAACAUUGCUAAGUAGAAUUAUCUGCGAAACAGCUUUUUGAAAUUGGGCCCCAGCUGCUGUGAAACUUGUACAGUGUAAAGUGUUUAAUCCGAUUGACACCACAAGAGGCUUUAACAGAUUUAUAUUUAAUCCACUUCUAAUCUUAACCUUUAAUUUGAUUACAGCUAUGAGUAUUAAACCAGUUCACAUGGGCCUAAUAUUUCAUGGCUUUGCUUAGCACUUUUGGAAGCACAGAAUUCAGUUUCUUACGUCAAGCGUAUCUCACGGGUCAGCAGGGAAUUUUUGCAUGUGCAUAUGUGCAUUCUCAAGUUUACUGGGCAUUAUUCGCUCACUCAGCUAGC